CUUUUUCUCUUUUUCGUCUGCGGUGCAAAAGCAAAAAUGGCAGCCCUCGCCCAAGGUGUCCGAUCUUCUUUAGUUUUAGGUUCUUGCGUUUUACGAUCUACAAUUACGAGAUCGACGUUAUUAGGGUUGCAACAAAAAUGUAAACUGUCAAACUUCACAACAAAUUCCAACGUCUUACAGAAUUUGGGUCUCCUCAACAUCUCAGCCUCCGCUGUGACCAAGCGGACCUACAGUCAUGAGCCCCCACACACUCUAGAGCUUAUACGCGAUAGAGUACUCUUGGUGCUCAAACUGUACGAUAAGGUUGACCCUCAAAAGUUGAAGCUGGAAUCACAUUUCAUGAAUGAUCUUGGACUUGAUUCCCUGGACCAUGUGGAAGUGAUCAUGGCUAUGGAGGAUGAAUUUGGUUUUGAGAUUCCUGAUGAUGACGCUGAAAAAUUGCUUAAACCACAAGAUAUAGUCAACUAUGUCAGUGCCAGAGUAGAUGUGUAUGAAUAAGAUAUCCUCAUGCAUGUUAUUUGCUUUAAACAUGUAGACUUUCAGUUAUCAUAUUUGUAGAUUGUACAAAGUAAUAAAUUUAGUAAUAGGACAGAAUACUUCAAAGUUUUCCUCCAUGUCUCUUACUUUGUCUUUUGGUUUUCAAUAAAUCGUUAAUUUUUUGUA